CGAUGAAUGAACCGGAAGAAAUCGCUUCUCUCUGUUGCCGCUGAGUAGAUAACUCAACGUGUCGGACAGGCCGAAACAGCCAGUGGUGACCAAGGAAACUUAAAAGAUGCCUUCCCUACACGAAGAGAUGAAUAUACAGGACUUGGAGGAAGUUAUUCUGGAAGUGCCAGGUCAAGUCACCAGCAUCUUUCAAGAUCUGGUUCUCGCGCAACAAGUGAGAUUGCAAGAGGGAACAAUCAAGCAACUACGUACCAUUCAUGACAGGGUCAAAGCUGCUCUUGCUCAUUUUGGAGUGAACACAAAUGUUCAUGCAUCCCAGUCUGAGAUUAAUGAAGAAGAAAUGAGAAGGCGUCGGCCUCCAGGAUUCCAAACAAAAGCCAGGAGAGAAGAGAUGCUACACAAGCAGAACAUCAUAGACACUGUUCAUGAAUUCGUCCAAAUCUCCAUCAGACGUGAAACUGUAACUCAUUGAUGAAGUAGGUGACUGGAUAUUUGAUGUUCAACAAACUUUGGAGCAGAAUUUACUGAGCGAUGAGGUCA